AUGGCUGCAGCCCAUCGCCAUCGCAAAUCCGUUGCUGCAGAUCACCCUGUCCGUUCCUCCGAAAACGUCGAAUUUCUCACGGACAAAGAGAUUGAAGAAUUCCUCGAAGAUCUCGACCACGAUAACGAUGGACACAUAAACUAUGAAGAAGUCGAGCGAAAACUCGACCAGGAACAUGCCAAUUUGGUCCCCAAGCCGAGCGCUCACCAUGUUAUCAGCGAAGACCACAGCGACGAUGAUCGUACUCGCCAUGCCUUCUUGCGAAGGAUGAUGGGUGACUCAGGCGUGGAUCGAAUCCCGAGAGAUGAGUUUGCCAAGAUGGUCAAGGAGUGGAAGAUCCCUUCGCUCAAGCAGGCCAAGAAGGAAGAGGAGGAAGAUAAAAGUUACAUCAAGAAACUGCCAGGUUGGAGACGAAUUCGUUCGUACUGGGCUGUUCACGGACCUGAGAUUGUCUUUCUUGGUGUUGUUAUCAGCAUGCAGUUGGCCUUUGGCAUAUGGCAGCUGGUCAAGUACCAGACGACACCCGGUUACCGCGCUGCCUUUGGCUGGGGCGUCGUCAUGGCCAAGACCUGCGCCGGAGCUUUGUACCCGACCUUCUUCUUCCUAAUUCUCAGCAUGUCGCGAUACUUUUCUACGUGGCUGCGCAGGUCGUACCACAUUUCGCGCUUCUUCAAUUGGGAUCUUUCACAGGAGUUCCACAUCAGAAUUUCCUGUGUUGCUAUUCUGCUUGCGACAUUGCAUGCCAUUGGGCACUUGACUGGAUCUUUCGUCCAUGGCAGUGAUCCCGCGAAUGAGGAUGCGGUCGCAGAGGCACUUGGCCCUGACAUGGUUCCUCGUCCUUACAUCGACUAUGUUCGAUCACUGCCUGGCUUCACUGGUAUCACUGCACUUGGCCUCUUUUGGAUCCUCUGUCUGCUGAGUAUCCCACAAGUGAGAAAGUGGAACUAUGAGGUCUUCCAGCUUGGUCACUUGCUCAUGUUUCCCAUUAUUGGUCUCAUGAUGGCUCAUGGUACAGCAGCGUUGCUCCAAUGGCCUAUGUUUGGGUACUUCCUCGCUUUCCCUACACUCUUGGUCCUUGUGGAACGUGCCGUCCGUGUUGGUCUCGGAUUCCAUCGUAUCAAAGCCACCAUGAAGGUAUUGGACAAGGAGACCGUUGAGAUCACGGCGAUCAUUCCAAGUGAACGUCUCUGGAAGUACAAGGCUGGCCAGUAUAUCUUCCUGCAAGUUCCCAAGAUCAGCUUCUUCCAAUGGCAUCCGUUCACUGUGUCCUUCUGUAGAGGCAACAAGAUGAUGCUGCACAUCAAGACCGACGGUAACUGGACUGCUAAACUUCGUGAACUUGGAGGUGACUCUGGCGAGUCAGAUAUCGAAGUUGGUAUCAAUGGUCCCUUCGGUGCACCCGCUCAACGUUUCUACGACUUCAACCACUCCAUCAUCAUCGGAGCUGGCAUUGGUGUCACACCCUUCUCUGGUAUCCUUGCCGACUUGCAGUACAAUGACGAUCUCGACCACGGCGGCCCAAACCAUGAAGUCGAUCAUCCCCGUCACGACUCCGAAACAACUGCCAUUCCACCAACUGCUCGUAGAUCACACUCUAGCAGUAGCGAGGAGGCAACGAACAGCGACAACGUCCCUGAGACACCCACCCGACAAGGAAGUGUUGGCCCCGAUCUGAUCAACAAAGAGAAGCAGCCCCAAGCCGAUAGAGCGGGCACCUUUGCAGAAGACUACCGACGAGUGGAUUUCCACUGGAUAGUCCGUGAACGAAACUAUCUUCUCUGGUUGUCCGAUCUUCUCAAUGACGUAUCUAUGAGUCAAGACUGGCACCGCGAGCAUGAAGAUGAACCUCAUCUCGAUAUCCGCAUCAACACGCACGUAACAGCCAAGCAGAAGAAGAUCUCAACUCAUGUAUACCGCUGGCUUUUAGAGAUGCAUCGUACAGACGAACAUCCUGCCUCGCCACUCACAGGUCUUCUCAAUCCAACACACUUUGGCCGGCCCGAUUUUGAUCUUAUCCUGGACGAGCAUUACGAGGAGAUGCUCAAGUUCAGAGCGAGCAAGAGGACAAGCACAAGAGACAAGGAGAACGAGAAUUAUGAAGAAGACGAAGAGCUCAAGGUUGGAGUGUUUUACUGUGGCGCUCCUGUCGUAGGUGAGAUUUUGGCGGAUAAGUGUCGCGAGCUUACCCUGAGAGGGUGGCAGGAUGGAAGUAAGUUGGAGUAUCACUUUAUGAUUGAGGUUUUCGGAUGA